AUGAAGAGAUCAAUGUCACAGACCGCCAAGGCCUCGCCCAUGCGCUCACUGCUGUGUCGAGUUUCGCCUGCUACCGUCGCACACACCAGCAGCCGCUCGCUCACCACGACCACUAGCACAACCAGCAUCAGCACCAGCAGCAGCAGCGUGGCGAGGGUGCAGGAUGGUUCCGGCAGGCGUGGCUACUCGGCGCACCCGCGACCGACGUCGACGAAGGACAUCGGGAAGCGGACCACGGUGCUCGACCUCGGGGAGAAGUACCGCAAGAACAUUCCCCUCACCAUGCUCACCGCCAAGGACUUCCCCUCGGCCGUCAUCAUCCAGCAGGUGGGCGGCAUCGACCUCAUCCUCGUCGGCGACUCCCUUGGCAUGACGACGAUGGGCUACGAGAGUACUAUACCGGUGACGAUGACGGACAUGCUGCACCAUGCCAAGUGCGUGCACCGGGGCAACCAGACCUCGUUCCUGGUGGGCGACAUGCCCUUUGGGAGCUACGAGCCGAGCAGCGCGCUGGCGGUGGAGAACGCCAUGCGGCUGAUCAAGGAGGCCAACAUGAACGCCAUCAAGCUCGAAGGCGGCAAGCGCAUGGCCGCCAGGGCCAAGGCCAUCGUCGAAGCCGGCAUUCCCGUCAUGGGCCACAUCGGUCUGACCCCGCAGAGCAUCCACUCCCUGGGCGGAUUCAAAGUGCAGGGCCGCACCUCGGGGCAGGCCACGGCGAUCUUGGAGGACGCUCUGGCCCUCCAGGAUGCCGGUGUCUUUGCCAUGGUGCUCGAGUGCAUUCCCGACCGGGUGGCGACCUUCAUCACGCAGCAGCUGCGCGUGCCCACCAUCGGCAUCGGUUCGGGCAACGGUUGCAGCGGCCAGGUGCUGGUGUGGGACGACAUGGUGGGCCAAUCCGACAUCCAGUCCUUCCAGCCCAAGUUCCUCAAGAAAUACGCGAACGUGGGCGAGGAGAUGCGCAAGGCGGUGGAGGACUACCGUAACGACGUGGUGGCCCGGAAGUACCCGGAGGACGGCACCCACACGUUCGCCAUCAAGGACGACGAGUUCGACGCCUUCACCAAGAAGGCCCAGCACCAGACCUCCGCCGAGCCCUUGACCACCCAGUGA